AUGGCGGACGGGCCGCACGAGCUUAUCUCCCUUCCACUCGAGUUGCGCAAGGACAUCUACGAGCUCGUACUCGUCGUGAAGGAGGACAUUAGAGUGCUGGCUACCGGAGACACCUCAGUACGCAGCAACUUAACAAGACCACCAUACCAACAACCGUCAAUCAUGCGAGUAAGCCGCCAGAUUCGCGAAGAAACUUUACCGAUCUACUACGGCCAGAAUGUCUUCCAUUUCGAGCUGCAACUCUCUAUUCCAUUGGUGGACGAAUCCCAGGACUUCACACGUUACCCUGAACACUUUGCCGCCAACUCUGAGAUGCUGAAGGUUGUCAAGCUGUCGUGCGGAUCAUUGUGCGCGCACGGCGGUCACUUCUGCCUUGACUUUCGCGAAGGGUUCGGUGCACAAGAUCGCAUAGUCGCGUACGCAUUUGGAGUUGGAACAGCCGGAGAGGGGUGCCCGUAUCGAGGUCUGGAACAAUAUACCAGAGGCAGUCUGGACGAUAUCAUGGAGGGCCAAAAGCAGCGUAGCAACACCCGAACGCAAAUGGCUACAAUACAUUGUCUAGCUUUCAAGCUUCUGACGCCUGAGUUCCGUUGGGCAGAGUUUAACUAUAUCCUAGAUUCAUAA